AAGAGCUCGUUUAAAAAGGUGAAUAGCUAGCUUAUCCCAGCGUUGUCCAGUUCCAACUCCUAUAUUGUGAAAAGGUAGUCUUUCGGUUGAGUGGGACCUCGCAACAUCAGUGCUGGACCUGUUGUCCCCAAGGGCCGCGGAGGGCGCAGUAGGAUCACCCGCCAGAGAGCAGCUAGCAGCUAGCGUGCCGCCGAAUGAUGAAUGCACGGUUAAUGCUAGCGGCGGCAGCGGUUUGCGUAGCCAGGGCCACACCACUUCCAAACUAUGAAUAUUCGUGCAUUCACUAUUGCGAGUCCCUCUACGGUCCCGAAGUGAGGCCCUACUGCUGCAGGAUGGCAAAAGUAUUCCAGGGAGAGGAUUCAAACAACAUUGAACAUCGCCCCACUAAAGAGGAAAUACUGAGUAUCGACAAUUGCCCCACAGAUCGGUCUUUCUGCCCGCGGGCUGGGCACUAUGCUGAGCCGGUGGUAGGUGUUACUACGUUUCCUUGGUAUAAGAAAAUGAUAGUUUUGAAUGUGCGCGUGUGUCUAUUUUCAGUUUCUCUUGUCGGUCUUUAUAUCUGACCCCUUUUUUGCUUGUCACUUUGUGUGUGUGGGUGGGUUUGUUUGUUUUUGCAUGUACCUCUUGCUGCCAGUGUGUCAGUUUGUCUGUAUU